GCCCAAUUCCGACCCCACCUUCAAAAAUUCAUCCUCCCAAUCCAAAUAAUUUUUCCAAAAAUUAAUCAUCGGAAAACCCUAAACCGGCCGGCCAUGGGAGACUCUCAUCGGCAUUCUUCUUCAGUCCAUCAAGCUCUUGGCUGUGGUUCUGUUGCUGAUGUGUUGAUGUGGAGGAGAUGGGGUACAAGCGCUGCCGUGCUUGUGGGUUCAACCACUCUUUGGUUCCUUUUCGAACGGGCGGGUUAUAAUCUUUUAACCUUCAUUUCCAAUGUCAUCUUGCUUCUCGUUGUUAUACUCUUCUUCUGGGCUAAAUCUGCAUCGCUUCUUAAUAGACCUCUACCUCCUCUUCCUGAUCUGGUGGUUUCGGAGGAAACUGUGACCAAGGCUGCUGAUGUUACGAGAGGGUGGAUUAACAAUGUGCUGUUGAUUGCAUGUGACAUUGCUAUUGGUGGGAACUUGAAGCUCUUUGUUCAGGUUGCUGCAGGAUUGUGGCUGGUGUCAUACAUUGGCAGCUUUUUCAACUUUCUUUCUUUGCUAUACAUUGGGGUUCUUCUUAGUCUCUCGCUACCUUUUCUGUAUGACAAGUACCAAGAUCAAAUCGAUACCAAGUUGGUGGUGGCUUAUGAUUCUGUUCAGGUGCAGUACAGAAAGCUUGAUCAUAAAUUGUUGAGAAAGAUUCCAGGCAUGCUGAACAAGGAAAAAAAGACACAAUAGAAUAGACUUGGUGGCCAUUUUGCUGGGCACUUAUAGCGUGGGUGUUUACUUGCCAUUAGGGGUAUUAACAUGAAGACUGGAUAGACCAAUAUUGUCUUAAGCGGCUCCUGAUAAAAGCUAAUCUUGUAUUUUUCACACUUACUGUAACCAAUUCCUGAUAACUGUGGGUGAUACAACAUAGUGUGGCUUUGAUGCACUUGCUUCUUCCACCGGAAAAAAAUUCUCUGGCGAUUUUGGUUUUGGUUGUGCAAAUGAGUGUUUUGAAGGGUUAUGCCCAUUUAGAUGUGCCUGGAUUCCCAUUAGGAAAACUAUCAACCCAUCAGCUUGAAAGAUCCCAUUGGAGGAGGCUUCCCUUAAAGCUUGGAUCUACCUAUUGUGAUUGUAAACAUUAAUUUCUCUUGUUAAUCCAUAUUGUUAUGAACAUUCCGCCGAGUGUUCAACCAAAUAUGAUUGAUGUGCAUAAGCAGAUAAAGAAAAAUUUGUUCUAGAGUUGAACCA